AUGACCAUGGACUCGCCGCCGAGCCAACCCAUGGUGCUCACCCUGAUACUUGCUCUCCUCCUAGUGCUAUACCUCGCGCUCCGGCGCCGCGCCGGCGGCGGCAAGAACCGGAGCUACCCGCCGGUGGCCGGCACCGUGCUCCACGAGCUGUUCAACUUCGGCCGCCUGAUGGAGUACCACACGGAGCUCGCCCACAGGUACCGCACCUUCCGCAUGCUCACCCCGACCUGCAGCUACAUCUACACCGUGGAGCCCGCCAACGUGGAAUACAUCCUCAAGACCAACUUCGCCAACUACGGCAAGGGGAGCAAAGUGCACGAGGUGGGCGAGGACCUCCUCGGCGACGGCAUCUUCAACGUGGACGGCGCCAAGUGGCGGCACCAGCGGAAGGUCGCCAGCCACGAGUUCUCCGCGCGGGUGCUGCGCGACUACAGCACCGGCGUGUUCCGCGACACGGCCGCGGAGCUCGCGGGCAUCGUGGCCGCCGCCGCCGCCGCCGGGGAGAAGCUGGACAUGCAGGACCUGCUGAUGCGGUCGACGCUGGACUCCAUCUUCACGGUCGGGUUCGGGGUCAGACUGGGCGUGCUCUCCGGGUCCAGCAAGGAAGGCGCCGCGUUCGCCAUGGCGUUCGACGAUGCCAGCGAGCAGGUGUUGCACCGCUUCUUAGACCCGUUCUGGAAGGCCAAGAGGUUCCUAAACUUCUCGUUGGAGGCGGCCAUGAAGUGCUCGGUCCGCACCAUCAAUGACUUCGUCUACGCCGUCGUCGACAGGAAGAUCGAGCAGAUGGGAAGAGACCAGCAAGAAUUUGCCAAGAAAGAGGACAUCUUGUCGAGGUUCCUGAUGGAGCGGGAGAGCGAUCCCGGCUGCUUCGACAACAAGUACCUGCGGGACAUCAUCCUCAACUUCGUGAUCGCCGGCCGCGACACCACGGCGGGGACGCUGUCGUGGUUCCUCUACGUGCUCUGCCGGAACCAGCACAUCCAGGACAGGGUCGCGGAGGAGGUGCGCGCCGCCACCUCGGGGGACGGCGACCUCGGCGCCCCGGAGCUCGUCGCGUGCCUGACCGACGACGCCAUCAGCAAGAUGCACUACCUGCACGCGGCGCUGACGGAGACCCUCCGGCUCUACCCUGCUGUGCCCAUCGAUGUCAAGUGCUGCUUUUCGGACGACACGUUGCCGGACGGCUACGCUGUCAACAAAGGGGACAUGGUGCACUACCAGCCGUACCAAAUGGGCAGGAUGCAGUUCCUGUGGGGCGCCGACGCCGAGGAGUUCAGGCCGGAGAGGUGGCUCGACGACGGCGGCGUGUUCGUCCCCGAGAGCCCCUUCAAGUUCACGGCUUUCCAGGCUGGCCCUCGCGUCUGCUUGGGAAAGGAAUUCGCUUACAGGCAGAUGAAGAUCUUCGCGGCCGUGCUUCUCUACCUGUUCAGGUUUGAGAUGUGGGAUGCCAACGCCACCGUGGGUUACCGGGCCAUGCUCACUCUCAAAAUGGAUGGCCCGCUCUAUGUUCGUGCGUCGCUCCGGCGAUGA